CACACCGCGCUCGAAGGUUCCUCCUCCCAGUCCGUCCGCUCACCGCCGCAGCUCCGAACCGUCCAGACAGAGCAACAUGCAGGAUGGCGAGCGUGGAGACAGCCGCCGAACACGAACGCAUACUGCGGGAAAUCGAGAGCACCGACACGAACUGCAUCGGGCCGACCCUCCGGUCGGUGUACGACGGUCAGGAACAUGGCCUCUUCAUGGAGAAGCUCGACGCUCGCAUCAGAAACCACGACAGAGAGAUCGAGAAGAUGUGUAACCAUCACUUCCAGGGCUUUGUGGACUCCAUCACAGAGCUGCUGAAAGUCCGAGGCGAGGCCCAGAAGCUCAAGAGUCAGGUGAUUGAAACCAACAGGCGUCUGCAGGAAGAUGGAAAACAGCUCACCUGCUCGAUGGAGGAGCUGACGCAGUGUCGAGUGCAGCAGAGGAACAUUGCCACCACCGUCGACAAACUGACGCAUUGCCUUCCAGUUCUGGAGAUGUACAGCAGACUUCAGGAGCAGAUGAGCGCCAAAAGGUACUACCCGGCGUUGCGGACGCUGGAGCAGCUGGAGUCCACGUGUCUUCCCAGGGCCGGUCAGUACCGCUUCUGCUCCAUCAUGGCGGAAAACAUCCCCAAACUGCGGACGCAGAUCCGGGACACGGCCAUGACGCAGCUCAGAGACUUCCUGGAAAGCAUCCGCAAACAUUCGGACAAAAUCGGGGAGACGGCCAUCAAGCAGGCCCAGGUCCAGCGCUCCUUGGACAGCUCCGUCACUGUGCAGCCCAGAGCUCUGAUUAGUCGUCGAGGCAGGAGGGCGGCGGUGGCGGCUGGAACAGCGAGCAACCGACACAACGGCAACCCGCUGUCUGAGCAGGACUCUGGGAUUCUGGAUGUGGAGGAGGAGGAGGAUGAUGUACCAGGAGCUCAGGAUUUGGUGGAUUUCUCUCCAGUUUAUCGUUGUCUUCAUAUCUACACUGUUCUGGGUUUGCGUGACGAGUUUGAGAACUACUACAGAAAGCAGAGGAGGAAACAGGCUCGCCUGGUCCUGCAGCCCCACUCUAACAUGCACGAAACCCUGGAGGGUUACAGACGAUACUUCAAUCAGAUUGUUGGCUUCUUCGUUGUUGAGGAUCACGUCCUUCACACCACACAGGGUUUGGUCAACAGAGCUUACGUGGAAGAGCUUUGGGAGUUGGCGUUGUCCAAAAUAGUCGCUGCCUUGAGGACGCACUCUUCUUAUUGUGACGACCCUGAUCUGGUGCUGGAUCUGAAGAACCUCAUUGUUCUGUUUGCCGAUACUCUGCAGGGUUAUGGUUUCCCCGUGUCACAGUUGUUUGACAUGCUGCUGGAGAUGAGGGAGCAGUACGGAGAAAUCCUGCUGAAGAAAUGGAACAUCACCUUCAGGCACAUUCUGGACCAGGACAACUACAGUCCCAUCCCAGUCUCAACAGAACUGGAGUACCGAAACUACGCCUCCCAGUUUCCACUGCAAGACCCCGAACUGGAAAAGCUUCCUUUUCCCAAGAAGCUUCCGUUUUCUGAGUUUGUGCCUAAAGUCUACUCCCAGCUGAAAGAGUUCAUCUACGCCUGCCUGAAAUACUCAGAGGACCUGCAUCUGAGUUCCACGGAGGUGGACGAUAUGAUCCGCAAGUCGACCAAUCUGUUGUUGACCAGAACCCUCAGCCACUGUCUGCAGUACGCCAUCAAAAAGAAGAAUGUGGGCCUGGCGGAGUUGGUGCAGGUGAUCAUUAACACCACUCACCUGGAGCAGUGCUGUCACUUCCUAGAAGAGUUUAUCUCCAACAUCACCAAUGUUCCUCCUGACACAGCAAAUGCUACCAAACUGUACGGAACCUCCACUUUUAAGGAUGCUCGUCAUGCUGCAGAGGCAGAGAUCUACACCAGCCUGAACACCAAAAUCGACCAGUUCCUGCAGCUGGCUGAUUACGACUGGAUGUCAGCGGCACAGGACAGCAAGAACCUGAUGACCAGCGACUUCCUGCUGGACCUGAUCGCCUUUCUGAGGAGCACCUUCAGCGUCUUCACCAACCUGCCUGGGAAAGUGGCGCAGACGGCCUGCAUGUCGGCCUGUAAACACAUCUCCACCUCCCUGAUGCAGCUGCUGCUGGACCCGGAGGUCCGGCAGAUCUCCAUCGGCGCUCUGCACCAGCUCCAGGUCGACGUCAACGAGUGCGAGAGUUUUGCCAGAGCCGGCCCGGUCGCAGGCUUCCAGGGUGACACGUUGCUUCUGGCCUUCAGUGACUUGAGACAACUGCUGGACCUGUUCACUCAAUGGGACUGGUCCACUUACCUGGCAGACUACGGCAAACCCAGCUGCAGAUACCUGAGGGUCAACCCCCACACCGCUCUGGCCCUCCUGGAGAAGAUGAAGGAGACGAGCAGGAAGAACAACGUCUUCGCUCAGUUCAAGAAGGCGGACCGGGACCGUCAGAAACUCAUCGACACCAUCAUCAAGCAGCUGCGGAACCUCAUCGCUCAGCAUCACGUCUGAGCCCGACGUCUUCCUGCUUCCUGUUGCAGAUCUGUGACCAUGUUUACUGGUAGAAACCCUGCUGUUUUAGACGUUUCUGAGCCCUUUAAAAGAAACACGUAGGACAGAUUAUGUUUGUGAGCUAAUUCUGAAAACAGGAGUAAAGUUUAACAUAAUGGAUGCUACAGGUUUCAGCUCCAACAGCAAUAUUAUAAUAAGGUUAACAAAUAAGAAACUCUGUCGCCUUUGAAGAAAUCUUCCAGGAUUCUUGAGUUUUUUUCUGCUGGACUCCAUAUUUGUUUUGUUUUCUUCUCGGCUGGAGGAGUCGUGGGGUUUUUGUCUUUUCUCUAACCGAUCCGGUUGGUUCCAGUCGGACUUUAAUCGUCUUCCUCUCUUUGUCACGACAAAGUGUUUAGGAUGGAACUUUGGAGAUGUUUCAUCUUCUAUGGUAAAGCACUGAAAAUGAAGAGAAUGUUACUGCAGUACAGAGGAUGUUCUGAAGUGGGGUUUUAUGGAAACAUUAAUCACAAUCUUACCUGUUUCAGUUCUUUGAACAACAUCAUUUUGACUGAACUGAUGAGCCAAUGGCUAGUUCUGUCUUCAAGCAAAUUCGAUAUUGAUCAUUUCUACACAGCUAGCUGUAGCACUUCCAGCACAUUAUUUCUGCUGGUCGGCCCGGCCCGCUCAAACUUUUUGUCCAAACUGAGCUUGUUAAAAACCAACAGCAGGUUGAGUUCAUGUUUCACUGGGCUGUGAUGCAAAAUUGUGAGGAAAAAAAAGGUAUUUAUUAUUUGUUACAGUAUCAACAAAGGUGUUUUUAAAAAUCAUCCUUUUUUUUGUCCAGAGCUUAAGCGUUUUUGUCACAUAGUUGGAAUUGUGUUUUUCUGGGUCAGAAGCUAAAAACUUUAUUUGAUCCAAACACUAAAAUAA